AUGCACAGCAACUGGCAUAGAGGAAAGACUCUCACACAAGGACCUGGGAUCUACUCCUUAGCCAGAGGAUCAAAUCCAGACGAAGGGAAUCACAGACCUUUUGUUCAUAUCUAUCUUCAUCAGUCUGUUCAUAUCUAUCUACUUCAGUUUGUUCAUAUCUAUUUUCAUCAGUCUGUUCAUAUCUAUUUUCAUCAGUCUGUUCAUAUCUAUUUUCAUCAGUCUGUUCAUAUCUAUUUUCAUCAGUCUGUUCAUAUCUAUCUACUUGAGUUUGCUCAUAUUUAUCUCUCUGUUUUUGUCUGCUCAUAUCUAUCUAUCUCCAUAAGUUUGUUCAUAUCUAUCUAUUACACUCAAAAUGAUCUAUUUACUUUUAUCCUUUCCAUUUCUCCCUUUCUUUCUUUCUUUCUUUCUUUCUUUUUUUUAAUCUUUCCUUCCUUCUCUAUCCAAAUAACUCCAUCUCCUGUCAUUCUUUACUUUAUCACUUUUUCUUAUCUUCUUUUAUUAAUGAAUCCUUCUCUGAUGAUCUCUUUGUUUUUCUUCAUUCUUUUCAUCACUAUCUUUCUCUUUUUUUUCCCCCUUAGAUCUCUUUCUCUUAUUACUUUCUUUCUUCUCCCACUAACAAUACUAGUAACACAUCUAAAACAAUUCCCUCAAUGGAUAGCUAAUGUCAUUUCAAGUGGAAAUAUGUUCCCUGUAACCACAUUAUUUAUGUCACAUGGGUACACAACAAUUGUGUUUUGCUUUGGUGUAGUAUCUCCAAAGAAGUCAUUUACCAAGAAAGAGUCCUGA